AUGGAUUCCACCCUGACAACAAGCAAUAGCUCAAGGUCCCAAGUGUCUGAGUUCAUCCUCAUGGGAUUCCCAGGCAUUCAUGAGUGGCAGCACUGGCUCUCUCUGCCCCUGGCCCUGCUCUACCUCCUCGCCCUUGCUGCCAACCUCCUCAUCUUGAUCACCAUCCUCCAUGAGCCUCCCUUGCACCAACCGAUGUACCAGUUCCUUGGCAUUCUGGCUCUAGUAGACAUUGGCUUAUCAACCACCAUCACUCCCAAGAUUCUGGCCAGUUUCUGGUUUGAUGCCAAGGCCAUCAGUCUCCCUGAGUGCUUUGCUCAAAUCUAUGCCAUCCACAUGUUUAUGAGCAUGGAGUCUGGCAUCUUUCUCUGCAUGGCUGUGGAUAGAUAUGUAGCCAUUUGCUAUCCCCUCCAGUACCCCUCCAUAGUCACUGAGGCUUUUGUGAUCAAGACCACAUCGUCUGUGGUACUCAGGGGUGUCCUGUUGACCCUCCCAUUGCCUGUUCUGGCUUCCCAGAGGCACUACUGCUCCAAGAAUCACAUUGACCACUGCCUGUGCUCUAACUUGGGGGUCACCAGUCUGGCCUGUGAUGACAUUACUAUUAAUAGUUUUUAUCAGUUAAUCCUGGCCUGGGUAGUGUGUGGGGGUGACAUGGCUCUGGUGUUUGUUUCCUAUGCUUUGAUUAUUCGCUCAGUGCUAAGGCUGAACUCUGCUCAAGCAACAUCUAAGGCCCUGAGCACCUGCAGCUCCCAUCUCAUCCUCAUAAUCUUUUUCUACACAGCUGUUGUGGUCGUGUCUGUCACUCAUUUGGCAGGAAGAAGGUUUCUCUUGAUCCCAGUUCUGCUCAAUGUGCUGCACAGUAUCAUCCCCCCGGCCCUUAACCCCAUGGUGUAUGCCCUUAGGACCCAGGAGCUGAGAGUAGGCUUCCAGAGGGUGCUUGGUCUGGGUGAGCCAGUGUCCAGGAAGUAA